AUGCCCACCGAACCGAGCCUUUUCGUCGUUGCUCCGGAUGAAAAAUAUGACGACGAUGGUCAAAUAAAACGAACAGGAACAUGGCAAACAGCGAGCGCCCAUAUAAUAACGACUGUGAUAGGGUCAGGGGUGUUAUCACUCUCAUGGUGUUUUGCUCAACUGGGUUGGAUACCAGGAGUCGUCAUGCUCUUGUUGUUUUCCAUCGUUUCUAUGUUCACUGCUAUUCUUUUAUCGGAUUGUUACCGAUCACCAGAUCGUGUUUACGGCACCAGAAACUACACUUACAUGCAUGCAGUCAAGGCCAAUCUUGGAAUGUUUCAAUACAAGCUUUGUGGCUUUGCCCAGUACGGUGUUCUUAUCGGAAUCACCAUCGGCUACACCACCACCACCGCCAUCAGCAUGGCGGCAAUCCAAAAAUCCAAUUGUUAUCAUAAGCACGGUCACCACGCGGACUGCCGUGUCCGCAACAACCCGUUCAUGGUGAUUUUCGCCAUUAUUCAAAUUAUAUUGAGCCAAGUACCCAACUUCCAUAAGCUAUCGCCGCUCUCCAUCAUCGCUGCUAUCAUGUCGUUUAUGUAUUCCACCAUCGGCAUUGGCCUUUCCAUCAGUAAAAUUGUUGGAGAAGGUGUGGGAAAGACAAGUUUGGUCAGAAGACCGUUUGGAAACGGCGUCAAUGGCUCUGAUAGCAUGUGGAAGAUUUUUUCGGCUCUCGGAGAUAUUGCUUUUGCUUUCUCGUUCACUUUUGUCCUCAUAGAGAUACAGGACACAUUGAAAUCAAGCCCGCCCGAGAACGAAACAAUGAAGAAGGCAACGACGGUCGGAAUCUCGGCCUCCACCGUGUUUUACAUGUUGUGUGGUGCCCUCGGAUAUGCGGCAUUCGGACAUGAUGCCCCGGGGAAUUUCUUAACUGGAUUCGGCUUUUUUGAUCCUUUUUGGCUUGUCGAUUUGGCUAAUAUCUGCAUAGUUGUUCAUCUUUUAGGUGCUUAUCAGGUCUUAGCGCAACCAUUUUUCGGGUUUAUUGACGAUAGGAGCCGAACAAGAUGGCCACAAAGUACACUAAUAACGAAAAACUACUCGUUGGGCGGCCUCGAGAUCAAUUUAUUCAGGCUAAUUUGGAGAACGAGUUACGUUAUAUUGGUGACAAUAAUCGCGAUGAUAUUCCCUUUCUUCAAUGAUUUCGUUGGUUUACUUGGCGCGUGCACGUUUUGGCCGCUAACAGUUUAUUUCCCGAUAGAGAUGUACAUUUCGCAAGCCAAGAUUCGCAAGUUUUCGUCCACUUGGUUUGCAAUGCAACUAAUAAGUGUAGCAUGCUUGAUCGUAUCCCUCGUAGCUGCGGCUGGAUCGACUCGUGGACUCGUUACUUCCGUCCAAAUCUUCGAGCCGUUUCAGUCUGUGUCGUAG